GCAACUUCCUGCUUCCGAGGCUAUAUAAGCGCCGCUUCCGGCGCCCGGCUGAUUGGUGCCGAGGCUGCAGCGGUGUUGGCGGCGGCUUUUCCCGGAGGGCCCGUGAUGUGCGUCCCAGGAUUGAGCCUGAAGAAAUCCUCCGCCUUCCUCAAAGCGUUGAAAGGGGAGCCUCACUAUGUCUUGGCCCAAAAUGUGGCUACUUCAACGGACUUCCUGGACGGAAGCCUUAACCGGGAAGUUGUCCAAAACACCCUGCAGGUCUUCCAGCACGCCGUACCGGCCGAAGGGAAACCGAUCACCAACCAAAAGAAUUCAGGACGCUGCUGGAUCUUCUCCUGCCUGAACGUGAUGCGUCUGCCCUUCAUGAAGAAGCUCAACAUUGAGGAAUUCGAAUUCAGCCAGUCCUACCUCUUCUUCUGGGACAAGGUCGAGCGCUGCUACUACUUCCUCCACGCUUUCAUCGAGACUGCCCACGAGCCCAUCGACGGACGGCUGGUCCAGUUCCUGCUCACCAACCCCUCCAACGAUGGCGGCCAGUGGGACAUGCUGGUGAACAUCAUUGAAAAGUACGGCAUUGUCCCCAAGAAGGUUUUUCCUGAAUCCAGCACCUCCGAGGCCUCCAGACGGAUGAAUGACAUUCUAAACAACAAGAUGCGGGAAUAUUGCCUCCGACUAAGAAACAUGGUAGAAACGGAAUGCAGCAAAGAGGAACUUUCCGGAGCCGUGGACACCAUGAUAGAAGAGGUCUUCCGGGUGGUCAGCAUCUGCCUGGGGAACCCCCCUACCACCUUCUCUUGGGAAUAUUACGACAAGGACAAAAACUACCACAAGAUCGGUCCGAUCAGCCCUGCAAAGUUUUACCAGGAACACGUCAAGCCGCUCUUUGAUAUGGAGAGCAAGGUGUGUCUCGUGAACGAUCCUCGACCCCGGAACAAAUACAACCAGCUCUACACGGUGGAGUACCUGGGCAACAUGGUGGGCGGCCGGAAGACCCUGUACAACAAUCAGCCGGUGGAGCUGUUGAAAAAGAUGGCGGCGGCGUCCAUUCAGGAUGGAGAGGCCGUGUGGUUUGGCUGCGACGUCGGGAAAUGUUUUAACAGCAAGCUGGGCAUCAACGAUUUGAAGAUAUACAAUCACGAGCUGAUGUUCGGCGUAUCAGUCAAGAAUCUGAAGAAAGACGAGCGGCUGAUUUUCGGGGACUCCAUGAUGACGCACGCCAUGGUCAUUACAGCCUUCAGCAAGAAAGAAGAACCAGACGAGGGCUACGAGAAGUGGCGCGUGGAGAAUUCGUGGGGCGAAGACCGUGGGAAUAAAGGUUACCUGCUCAUGACGGACGCCUGGUUCUCCGAGUUUGUGUACGAAGUGGUAGUUGAUCGCAAACACGUCCCGGAGGAAGUCUUGGCGGUCUUACAGCAGGAGCCCCUUCGCCUGCCCGCCUGGGAUCCAAUGGGGGCUUUGGCCAAAUGAGCGGUCGGGACAAGGAGGGGAUCCCCCCUCUCCUUCUGGGUCAACUCCAAGCCAGCAGGGACCCCCGGAUCCUGGAGGUCUGCAGCUGAGCCCUCCCCGGGGGGUGGCGGGUUCCCAGCUAGAGGUGCUAACAUUCACCCCCACACACACACAUCACCACCACCCUCCAGAAGACCCCAGUCCAUCUCUGGCCUGGGGUUCCCCCCACCACCACCACCACAUCGUCGCGUCUGCUUUUCCUUGUAACCCAGUGUCAUCUUUUUGUUUUGUUUUGUUUUUUAAAAAGAAAUACGCCUUUUAAAACUCAUCUCAAUGCACUCAUUUUAAACCGGGGAAGGAAUUGAUUUGGAACGAGCUGUGCAAAAAAUACUAUGAUUUUAUUAGGACAGUUGGAAUUGGAGGGCUCGUACCCUCGUACGGAGAUGUGCUGUUUUGAGGAGGGGGGUUCCCCUCGGGGGUCCUUGCCUGCCACCUUGUCGGAGGGUAAGAUUCUGGGGGGGGGGAGGUGAUACGGGUCUGUUAUCCAAUAAUUUCCACGCCUCUCCCACCUUUUCCAACUGCUCUUCUGCAACUUGGCGUUCCUUCUUUCCGACCGGUUUUCUUUUACCGAAUUGGAUUCCCGGUAAAAGAAGAAUAUGUAAGCAAAAAUAUGUCUUAAUUUUUUUAUCACGAUCUCGGGACCUGCAGCUGGACAGUCCACGAUCCCAUCUCAUCUUGGAAGGUUAACCAGGUUGGAAAAGAUGGCUUCACUCUGCUGGGUUUUUGCUUUCUGCUCCGCCGAAUUCCAGCUGGUGGGGAUCUCCUUGUGGUGAGAUCUCCCCAAAAGGGACCAAUUGUUAAACCGGCCGGCAAAGAGUUCCCCCAUCCACCCACCCCGAGAGAAAGGGAAACAUUGAAAAUAAUAAUAAUAAACCGCAUUUCGUAUGCUCUCAACAACU